UUCAUUCAUUGAUUGAUUGAAGACAUCAAUACUGAUAUCAUAUGUCUAUAAUUAUCAUUCAAUUGGUUGUUGUCUUUGAUUUUAUUUGUUUGUUGAAUAUAAUGACACCAUCGAUGACGACCCGAUAAUUGUGGUCACAAUUAUUUUUUUUCUGGUCAUUCAAUCGACGGACAUCAAUACUGAUAUAUCAAUAAUUAUCAUACAAUUUGUUUGUUUAUUGAAUCACACCAUCGAUGACGACCUGAUAAUUGUCAUUCAAUCGGGAGUUUAUCAAUCAAUCAAUCAAUAGAGUGGUAAUUGUUUUAUUGAGACGACUGUCCUCUACUGUCCGCAGCAUUACAUCUACAACAAUGCAAUCAAUGUUGAGUCGAUUGAAGACAACAACGACAUCAACAACAGCGAUAUCAUUGCGAUUAUUAUCGUUUCAAUUGUUUGGCCGACAAAGUGGUGGUAACCGAUUGGUUACAGCGAAAGCAUUACAUACACAUCCAAGUCAUCGACGACAACAACAACAUCAACACCGAGUUAUACCUCAUUGUAUCGAUACAUACGAUGGCAUUCAUAUUUCAGACACUACUCUAAGACAGUUACAGUCAAUGCAUCCAAUUGUUUGUACGCUGAAUAUCAAUCAAUGGAUUGAAGAUAUAAAUCAAGAUAAUUAUGAACUAACAGAUAAUUCAUUGGACACACUAUUGGAUUCACUGAUUAAUACCAAAUAUUUCACAAACAAAACAAUUGAUGACUAUUUCAAUGUUGACUUUGAGGUCAUCGAUGGCAAUGUAUUGACUAUUAAUAAUAAUAAACGUCUAAAUAAAGAUUAUAAUAUCUACGACAAAGACUUGCAAUUUGGUAAUCCAUUUCUUAAACAAAUACUUAAAAACAAAUCUAAAAGAUUUGUUGACGAAAAACCAGUUAACUCAUGGGCUGAAUAUGUUAUACAUACGGUUAAAAACAUUAAUGGUUUCAAUUGUCUGGAUAUAACCCAUAAAAUGCUAAGAUAUCAACUAAAUGAUGGCUACGUCAGGACUAAACCGGACGCACUGGUAGUCGAUUCAGACAACAAUGAAUUAAUUGUAUUAACUGUUGAAACAAAGUCAUACGAUAUGAAUAUCGACGAUAAGGACAGUACCGCACAAUUGAUAGGUCAGAUGGUGGCCGUCGGCCAAAAUAACUUAAGAAUUACACAAAAAGCCAGUAUUAGAGUAUAUGGAGUACUCGUUGUUUCAAAUCUUUGGUUUUUUUAUUCAACUAAUAUUACGAAAGAGUAUUUGAAUGAAUUGUCGACAAAAAGAUUUAUGAAUAAAUCAAAUAAGCGAUUAAUAGUCUAUUCAUCUAAUAAUGGUUUUGCAUUUGAUUAUUGUCUUAUUGAUGAUAGGAUUCAAUUGAUUAGUAAUAUUAUUGCAAUAUUAGCGGAAAAUACCAAAUUUAAUGACAACAAUAGUAGUAGUAGUAGUAGUAGUAGUAGUAGUAGUAGUAGUAGUAGUAGUAGUAGUAGUAGUAGUAGUAGUAGUAGUAGUAGUAGUAGUAGUAGUAGUGAUGUCGUUGUCUCAGACGAUACGGUUCGCAAAGAGACCGUCGAUGACGGCAAACCUGUGUUGACCUCAUAUUUAUCGACGGCAUCGGAAAGUUCGGGACUCAAUCUAAUUGAUGACACAAUCGAUACCGAAUCGCUUGAGCCGAUCAAAGACUACGACAAUGAUAUCGAUGACGGAAAGUAUGUUUCAAGUGUAACGAUUGGGGGUUACGAUUGCAGUAACGAUAGGCUCGAACCAGGCCUACAAACAACCGCCGCCGGCACCGAAAAAAAAACUGACAAACGAGUUGCCGGAGAGUCACAAACAACUGGUCAUAUGUGUGGCGCCGAUGUGUUGGUCCAACCGAUAGGUAAGCGACCACCAGAUCUCAAACCAUCGGCCUCUGGAUUUCAUUAAUAGUUUCCGCCAAUUGGACAGUCGUUUUUGUAGACCAAUCGGUCGGCAAUUAUGUGUAGACAUGAGUAGUAGUAUUACUUGAUUUUAGUCGACAAUGUAGUCGUUGUUGACAUUUGAUUGAAAUUUUGAUUAAAAGAUUUUUUGUUUUGUUUUUUUUAAAUUGAAUUUAUAGUACCGAAAUAGACCCGCAUAUAGCCCCCACCCCUCCCUGGAACUAUAUAUGAAGUCGUGGGGGAGUGAGGGGGGGGUUUAGUGGGUUAUAUGUAUGAGUGCUGUAUAAUGGCAAUGACUUAAACUAUUUUUAAAGCCCAGAAUUAAUAUCAAAUAAAUGUUAAAAUAGUUUUAAAAUUUUUAUAAUUAAUUAAAUUUAUUAAUA